UGUGCGCAUUGUCGCUUUUUGACUCAUCGCUCGACUCCUUCGCCUGCAUUCCUCCUCUCCGUCUCCUGCCUGGCCGACAGAGGCAGAAAAAAGGAGGGGAGAAAACGCAUUAUUAUUCACAACCGUGUUGGAUUUUUAUGAACCACGGAAUCGCCUCGCGCUGGAUGCACGAGGCCACAGAAUACUCCCCCGUCCAGGCGAUUUCUGCGGACUUUUAGUGCGGAUAAAAGGAAGACGCGCUUUCAUAUAUAGAUUUUUUUAAAGGGCGGUAUUUUGCGCCUAUAUUUAUGUAUGUGUAGCUUCGCCACCGUCAAACAACUCCGGUAAAAACCUCUUUUCAGGACCUUCCUUUUAUUUUAUUUUUUUUAAUGAGGAUUUGCAAGAUGGCUGAUGACAGCUAGCCCUAACAAGGACAGAACCGCGACGUCCCCUUUAAGAUUUGGACGGUAUAUUUUGUAUAUUUUUUUAAGAGUGAAAUCCACAAAUAUGGCGGACUCUAAAAAUUAUGCCAAUAACUAAUGCCAGAAUCGGCCGUCCUCGUCUGAAUACGGUCUCCCCGUGGCGUUAGCGUGUACCUGUGCUUUCGCGAGAAAAUGGUGAGGUGACGUCUGAGGCAAUUUAAUUUAAUCGAGAUAAGGAAGUAGAUAAAUAUGUUGUUGGUUGAAGGUGGGAAAGAAAAGAAAAGAAAAGUGGACGCCGAAGUCAAGAACCAGCGGGGGGGUUUUGUGAAUUAACGAUCUUUGUUUGAGGAGAUAUUUGAUAGAUGUCUCGAGGAGGAGGAGGGGGGAGAGAAGUCAACGGCUCCGCAGCAGCGGCCAACAUUCCUGCGGAUCCUAAAACCCCUUUGUUUUGUGCGCAGGAGCCGGACUGGACCAUUAAAACGAUUAACUAUGCAGUAAACAGCCUCGGAGCGAUGGCUCGGGUCUGAUUUUCGGUUUGGCGGGACUGUAAAGCCUUUGUUUUCGGUAGAAACCCCCCCGGCAGGAGAGCCGGGGCCUUGUGUGGAGAUAUGCGAGCUGUGCCACAUCGCAGGCGUUUUUCUUCAAACAGAAACGUCGCGUUUGCGUGCGGUUAAAGGUACCCUCGGCAUUCACGGGAGCCGCACAACAGCAUUUCUGCUCAGCUACCGACUGUAUGUAUAAUUAAAUCACGGCUAGCGGCUCCUCUGAUAUUUAUUUAUGACUCCGCGGACAAAAGCUGCGGAGUGAUAUUCUUUUUGUCUUGUUUUGUGAGGAAACCGGCCGUCCUUGACGUCCCGACGUUUCCAUUUAUAGUUUAUUUUUUAAAACAAACGAGUUGUAUAGUUGAAUAGUAAUCAGGGUGUGGGUUCCAGCAGGCCUUUCCCUGUGUCUUUCAUGCUUCGUUUGUUGGUGUGAAUCGGUUCUCAGUCAAUCAUAAUCCGCCGUUUAAGUGGGGGGCGAGCUCAGAAGGUAAGAUCAGACGUGUCAGACUAAAAAUACGUGAUCGGUGGGUUACUCGUGUGCCUUGUUUGGGUUUACCUGUAGCAGGCAGGGUUUUUGGGCCCCUAAAUUCAGAAGAGGCUGUGUGUGUUGGAUGUAGAGGCAAGGAAAGUACCGUUUCCUGAAUCUGCAUAACGUCACUCUCUGUUUUCAUGUGUUGAAAGCACUAGGUGUUGUCAUCCUUCCCUGAAUCCCUCCCUCAAGGGUUUACUGGAAUUUGCCUUCAUGCUGCAUUUAUAAGCAAUAUUAAUCACCUAUCAGGGAGACUCAUCUAAGCUGGCCCCAAGGGUUGGCGCAUAAAGACUGAACUUUCAGGACUUGCAUUGAGUUUUUGAAACCUUUCCCCCCCCCCUCAUAAGUCAUUGUGAAACCAGUGUCAGGUUUCAGAGGCCCAGAGGUCUGGAACAAGUGGGGAGCUCUUUAAUUGUAUGCCUGCCUGCACCAUGAUGGCCUCCGACAUGGCUGAGACGUGGAGGAACUGUUUCGAGGAGGAGCUCAUCUGUCCCAUCUGUCUGCACGUGUUCUCGGAUCCCAUCCAGCUGCCCUGCAAGCACAACUUCUGCAGGGGCUGCAUCAGCGAGGCCUGGGCCAAAGACUCCACGCUGGCCCGCUGCCCCGAGUGCAAUCAUGCCUACACUCAGAAGCCCAGCCUGGAGAAAAAUCACAAACUGUCCAACAUCGUUGAAAAGUACAACGCCCUGAGCGUGGAGAAGGCCACCACACCGGCCCUCCAGUGCAUCCUUUGCCGCCGGGGCCCCCCGCUGCCUGCAGUGAAGGUGUGCCUGCGCUGCAACGCCCCGUGCUGCCAGUCCCACGUCCAGACACACCUGCAGCAGCCGUGCUCCGCUCUAGGGCACCUGUUGGUGGAGGCGGAGGCAGUGAAGGCCUGGACCUGCCCGCAGCACGACGAGUACAGACUGUACCACUGCGAGGCAGAGCAGACAGCGGUUUGUCAGUACUGCUGCUUCGCCCGCUGCCACCCCAGCCACGGCCAUGCAGUCAGCGAUGUGGAGCUGCGACGCAACGACAUCAGACAAAACCUGCUGAGACAGCAGGAGCGUGUGGAGGAGCGCGUUCAGGAGAUGGAGGAGCAGCUCUGCAAACUGGACUCGGACAAGUGUGUGGUGGAGGACCGGGUGUGUGAGCUGAAAGAGGAGGUGCGCAUGCAGUACCAGCGCAUGAACCAGCUCCUGGAGGAGGAUCUGGGCCGCACCUUGGAGGCCCUAGACCGGGCUCGCGCUCGCUUUUGUCAGGAGAACGCGGCACAGGUUUUGGCCUUGGGAGAACAGCGGCACGAAGCCCAGAAGCUGUUGAGCUCCAUCCACACGGCUUUCAGCAAAGCGGAGGAGCUGAGCUUCAUGAAGAACACCAAACCCGUCAAAAUCCUCACAGACAGGUGUCAGGCGUGUGUGGGCAACGCUCUCCCUCCGUACAAGGUGGGGAAUCUAAAUUCUAAACUAUUCCUGUCGGAAAUCUCCAAAAGAGAGAAGAGCUUGAAAAGAACACUUGAAGCUCCCCUCACUCCACCUUCCACGUUCCUGCAGUCCGUUCCCGCCUUCCCCAGCGGUCAGAGUUCGGGCUCCGGAGCGGAGAAGCGGAAACAUUCCACCGCCUUCCCAGAGGGGACCGGGACGGCGGGGAAAACCGUGGCUUCUGGUUUUAAGGACUCGUCCUCCUCUUCCUCGUCUUCUUCCUCGUCGUUAGCCAAACAGCCCUACCUGGGCUCUGGCUCAUCCUCCGGCGAGGGCCAGUCCAGCAACCCGCAGCCCCUCGGGCCCUGCGCCCCCCCUCACAUCAGCGAAAGCGGCGGCACGGGCAGCGGCAGCGGCUCCUUGACCAACCACCAUUCAGGCUCCGUCUUCAGCUCCUCGCAUUUCCCCCCCGGAGGCAGCGGCUCCUCGCACUCCUCCCAGCAGGCGGUGCUCCCCCAGUACGGCGGCCGCAAGAUCUUAGUGUGCACCAUGGAUAACUGCUUCUGCUCCGGAGUGCCCUCUGUUUCGGGCCACCGUAGCCACCCCCCGUACCCACGCUCCGGCUCCUUCGCCUGGGUCAACCCCCAGGAUUACCCCCCUCCCCCCGGCCUGGCCUCCGGAGGUCCUUCUAUGCAGGGCCUGGCAGUGAGAGACUGGAUAGACGCCUCACAGACGCACAGACAUGCCGAUUUCUACGGGCUGUACGGGCAGCCCUCCACAAAGCACUACGUCACCAGUUAACAGUUAAACUCUUACCAAGUGUAUAGUUUAUCCUAUUCGGGGCAGGGUCGCUCUCUUAGUCUUUCUUUUCUUUGUUUCCUGUGUUUCAUGUAGUGAACUGUAGGUGAAUCUGAGCUCCUCACUCUGGCGUUUCAGCUUUUUACGCUUAAACAGGAAAUAAUAAAAAGGAGCGGAUGAUGACGCAUCUUUUUUUUUCUUUCUUUGAUUUCUAGAGUAGCUGAUGAAUUGAUAGAAAAUGAACUCUUAUUAAAAAAAAAAGCUCCACGUCUUCUCACUGAGGCUAAAGGAAAAAAAGCAUUGCAGUAAAAUGCUGUUGAACUUUCCAGUUGCAGGUUUAUAACCUCUAUUAACACGCAGGCCUUUGACUUUUUUUCCCCCUUCCUCAUUUCUGACUGUUCGUUAAAGCCGUUAAAGAAGGACUGCAGUCCUUUUUGUGUGUCUCCUUUUUUUUUUUUUGUCAUCUUGGCACUUCUUCCGUUGCUGAGUUCAGGGAUGGAUCCUACAGCUCUUCCAUGGAAAGUUCCUUCCGAUGCCGGCCCACACGAGGACAUGAGCGCCGCAGAGCUGGAAGGGCCGGUUAACUCCAACCCUCUGGAUUAUUUUUUUUCUUUUUCUCAGAGUUUGUCCCUCAUUCCUGGCACUCCCCUUCCUGUUGCCACAAAAGGACAGAACCCCUUAAGACUGUUUCCAGUUAGGCGAUCACAAUGGCUUUGUGUUAUUUGGUACAGCUGUAGGCGUCAUUCUCGUCUCGGAACUGGAGAGAUGGGACGACCAAACCAAUCAAGCAUCUGGAGGAUUCGGAGGAUGCUGUAAUUGUACUUCCUGCAGGGCAAAGAUGUCACUUCCUCUCAUUAAGCACACAAGCUCUUGGCUUCCAUUGCUGCUGAAAGCAUGCAAGGAAGAGUUUUUCUUAAAAAGCACUCAAAAGAAAUGGGGAAUCACUGUAAGCUGUUUGAGAUGAUCGGAGCAAACAAACUUUUUUCAUGAACUUUUUCUAAAUGAACCAGACUGACGUGAGGGGUGGAAGCAACACUUUGUCAUCUUGUGACGAGAUGUUAAAACGGCAAACAGGAAAAAAAAAAAAAAGUCAUUUUUUUGUAAAUAUUUUGUGAAAUGGGGGAAAAAAAGUGCACAUGUGAUUUGGAGGGUUCCAAAUAAACAAAUUUAAUCUG